CCGCCCCGCCCGGGGCGGCCCCGCCCGCGGCGGCGGCGGCGCGAGGAUGAGCGGGCGGCGGGUGGACGCCAAGGUGGUGCUGCUGGGGCAGGAGGGCGUGGGUAAGAGCAGCCUGGUGGAGCGCUGCGCCCACGGCCGCUUCCGCGCCGGGCCCUACCAGAACACGAUUGGAGCCGCCUUCGUGGCCAAGGUGAUGUCCGUGGGGGAGCAGACAGUGACCCUGGGCAUCUGGGACACGGCCGGCUCGGAGCGCUAUGAGGCCAUGAGCCGCAUCUACUACCGGGGGGCCCGGGCUGCCAUCGUCUGCUAUGAUCUCACCGACAGUGGCAGUUUCCAGCGAGCCAAGUUCUGGGUGAACGAGCUGCAGAACUGUGAGGAGGGCUGCCGGAUCUACCUGUGUGGCACCAAGUGUGACCUGCUGGAGGAAGACAGGAGGAAACGGGGGAUUGACUUCCAUGAUGUGCAGGACUACGUCGAUGAGAUCAAAGCAGACCACUUUGAGACCUCCAGUAAGACGGGCCAGAGUGUGGAUGAGCUGUUCCAGAAGGUGGCCGAGGACUACGUCAACUUCUCCGCCUUCCAGGUGAUGACAGAGGACAAGAGUGUCAACCUGGGCCAGAGGAGCAGUCCCUACUUCUACAGCUGCUGCCACCACUGAGCUCUUGUGCCAAAAGGGAACUGCUGCUGCCGGCUGGGCAGCUGGCGCACGCCGGAUGCCUCCGGUGUUUUACCUGCUGUGUUUUAGCUGUUGGGGCCUGUCUGUGCCAGGGCACAAGGCCUGCGGACUGCUCUCCUCCUGGCAUGUGGAGUGGCACAGGGCUGCCGUGCAGUGCCAGGAUCUAUGGACUGUCACCCCCAGGGACCCCCCUCCCUGCCACCUGUGGCAUUGGUGGGAGCUGCUGUGGCCCAGCAGCAGCCGGUAACUUAUUCUCUCGGAGAUGCUCAAUUCAUUGCAGAUUUAUUUAAGCGUCUUCUCUCAAGGUGUACAAUGUAAAUAAAACGCAUUGUGGUCUGA